AAAACCCAAUCAGACAAGUGGCCGUAAUCUGACUCCCAGUGCACUGGGAGCUGCAGGGCAGGCAAUGAGAGCUGCACUCUGGCCAGGGAAGGCAUGAGUGGCAGACCCGCAGCAAGGCAGUGGGGUAAGUGUGGACCAUUGUGUAGAAGAGAGAACAUCAUGGUGGCCUUCAGAGGGGUCUGGACUCAAGCUUUCUGGAAGGCCGUCACAGCAGAAUUUCUGGCUAUGCUCAUCUUUGUUCUCCUCAGCCUGGGAUCCACCAUCAACUGGGGGGGGACAGAAAAGCCCCUACCCGUCGACAUGGUUCUCAUCUCCCUUUGCUUCGGACUCAGCAUUGCAACUAUGGUACAGUGCUUUGGCCACAUCAGCGGCGGCCACAUCAACCCCGCUGUGACAGUGGCCAUGGUGUGCACCAGGAAGAUCAGCAUCGCCAAGUCUGUCUUCUACGUCACAGCCCAGUGCCUGGGUGCCAUCAUCGGAGCCGGGAUUCUCUACCUCGUCACACCUUCCAGUGUGGUGGGGGGCUUGGGGGUCACCACGGUUCAUGGAAAUCUUACCGCUGGUCACGGUCUCCUGGUGGAGUUGAUCAUCACAUUUCAGUUGGUGUUUACUAUUUUUGCCAGCUGUGAUUCCAAACGGACUGAUGUCACUGGUUCAGUAGCUUUAGCAAUUGGAUUUUCUGUUGCAAUUGGACAUUUAUUUGCAAUCAAUUACACCGGUGCCAGCAUGAACCCCGCCCGAUCUUUUGGACCUGCAGUUAUCAUGGGAAAUUGGGAAAACCACUGGAUAUAUUGGGUUGGACCGAUAAUAGGAGCUGUCCUCGCUGGUGGCCUUUACGAGUACGUCUUCUGUCCAGAUGUUGAACUCAAACGUCGUUUGAAAGAAGCCUUCAGCAAAGCUGCCCAGCAAACGAAGGGGAGCUACAUGGAGGUGGAGGACAACAGGAGUCAGGUAGAGACUGACGACCUGAUCCUCAAACCCGGAGUGGUGCACGUGAUUGACAUUGACCGGGGCGAGGAGAAGAAGGGGAAAGACCCGUCGGGCGAGGUGCUGUCUUCCGUAUGACUAGAAGAUGGCACUGAAAGCAGACAGGAACCCUCAGAACUGUCCUCAGAUUUCCUUCCACCCAUUAAGGAAACAGAUUUGUUAUAAAUUAGCCAUGCGCAGGGUUGUUUUCUCAUGUCUUAUUAUUCAGGGUAGAUAAAAAAUAUUUCUUUGUUCCACUGAGGAGGAAUGGAAGAAACCUAUUGUGAAUUCCAAAUCUAAAAAAGAAGUCUUCUUAAAGUGUCCCCAAAACAAAUAUGAAUCCAGUGAAUCCUGCUGCCGUUCAUGAAUAAUCACUUUAAAAUGUCGAUCAAGAUUUGGUUAAGUCUUGCCUGGCAGAAUUUAGAGACACACCUAUCAGCUUAAUCCACCGAUACUAUGUCCCUGGGAUUGUUGAUCCUUGUUUGAGUAUUUAUUCCAUUAAGUCAAGUUUUUCAAUGGCAAGGGACAGUAUGUCACAGAGUCAUGCAUAUUCAAGAGAGGAAAUAUAACAUGCUCUUUUAUGAGCAGUCCCUUACUAUAAACUACCUCAGCAAGACAACAUUAACAAGGGUCAUUGUUAAUGAAUUGUUUCCAUUUUAUAUAUGUCAAAUACCCAACUUUCAACCUGAACUCCAAUUCAUAAUAUUCCUUCCUCUUCCUCAGCACCCAAGAUAAUGCAGACAGAAAGCCCAGAAAUCUGAAGAAUGUUCAGAAACCCUGUAUAUUUAUUGUUUCCACCUAAAAAAACAUCCAAAUCAUAAGAAACAGCUAUUAAGACAAACAGGACAAACAGACUCAUAUGAUCUUACUGGAGUGGAGGAAAAAUUGCCAUUCUAAAAAAAAUCAUAAGGAAAAAGGAAUCUAUAUUCUGGAAUCAAAUAGUUGAUCUGUUUUCAGUGCCCGUCCUCAAAUACACCACAUGAGGUUAACAAUCGAAGCAUUUAACCACUUAACCAUGUUGCUUAUUUUUUUAAUUUAUUGGCAAAACGCGGGGUUUUGUUUGUUUGUGACUUUGGUUGUCUAUAUUUAAACAUUAGUUGAGAUUUUUUUUUUUUUGAGAUUUCUUUUUGAUAACAAGAACAUAACUAGCUGAAUCCUAACUUUUUGUUAUUAAGCUCUCUGCUCACUCUGGAAGGUGGUAGGUGGGGCCCUGCCUGGCCCCCAUUUCUGCUGCUUUCUCGCGUCUCAUAGGUUCGUUGAUAGUCUUCAGUGUGGCGUGCGAUGGUAUUUUAAUGAGUGAAAAUGCAGGAGAAACAAGGAAGGCCAUGGUUGCAGAGUGUAAGGGUGAGGACAUGAGAACACUGCAUAUGCAGAGCAGACUAGACAACCGAUCUUUCAUUUUUAGAGAUACUGUACCUAGGAACCCAACACUGUUUUUAAGCAUUUUUAUUACUAACUCAUGUAUUUGUUGAGACAUGUCGUUCUUCCUGAACGGCUGUGCCUAGUUAGUAGAAUGGUCUCUGGGAACCCCAGUCUCUAGCAUCUUAACCACCCAGGCUAGACUUUGUCUUAGACAAAGAGCUGCAAAUGACAGUUUAACUGAAAACACAGCUAGUAGGGAAGCAAAAACCCAGCCCUGCAAAGAAUGGCUUGGAAAUAAGCUGAUCAUCAAGGGCUUUCUUCUCCCACACACGGCUCCAAACGUGUGCCACUUUUUAGAGUUAGUGGCAGACGCGUGUCUGUGGCAGUGACAUAAUGGACCACUGUUCAACCUGAUUCUCUUUGGUGCUAAGAAAGUGAUGCUCAAGGUCCCCAGGGAGUCACCACACCAGGGCAACGCCUGGGAGCGCCACUGGUGGUUUUCAUGGCAGAUUCCUAAACCCCAGGCGGCUUGCUCAGAUGUGUGGCCAGCCACAGUCUCCAACCAGGGAGACCCCAUCGAUCAUUUCCUAUUUGGGGAGGCAUCUAUAGGAAACAGGGUGAGAUUCUCACGAUGGUUUAUGCCUGUCUUUUCAAAUGUUUGCACAGUAUACCACUAACGGCUGAAAAUGGAGGGUCGGGCGGGGAAGGCUGAUGUACGCUCAAAAGAUAAUGCUAUCAGCCAGGUCAAAUAUGUCAGCUCAGCAUUGAGGUUAACAAGCAUAAGUUAAAAAGAUUUCUUUAAUAUGCUUACCGUUUGCUAGCUUACAAUCCAUUUUAUUCAGCCAUGUGGUUUACUUCUUAUGCACUCACUUUUAUACUCACUUCUAGUUAGAGUAUUUAAUAAGUUAGUGCUUAAAAAAAAAAAAAAAAGGCAUGAAUGAUGUUUUUGUAAAUUGCUUUCCAGCCACCAGCAGAGUGCCUGGCACUUAGUAGGUUUGUGUUAGUUAAUAAAAAUUUAUGAAUUUCAUUUAGGAUUUAAGAAUGUAAAUAAAUUUCUUCGAAUCUUGAUUUUGCUCAGUAUUUAAUAAAAGCUUGAUUUCAAGGACAACUAAGGGAAGGCAAUACAAAUGUAAAAACCAUAAAAUAUAUUUUUGCGUUCUAAUAUUUUAGAGGCGUAGAGUCAAUGAAAGCUUUGGCACUUUUUUUUCCCCUGCAUAUGAGACAACAUAUUUUGUAUUUCACUCAAGGCUCUGCCAGUAAAAAGUAAUGAAAUUGUACCUUUCUAAUGACAUCUAUGCAGCAGGGGUCUAUUGCCUUGUGGAUGGCACCAAAUUAUCCAAGUGUAUUAGGAGACGAGGGCUUUUUCCUUUAAUCCCUUCUUAUUAAUGAAGUGCAUCGCGCCGCUCCCAGGAGAGAGCCGCUGACAGAUAGACAGAAAAGAGAUCAGAGAGAAAAAACUGGAAGGACAUAAAUGAAUUAUACCCAGCCAGGAAGCAAUGCCGAGCGUCUCUUCCCUAUGGAAAAAUACCACAAGCACCCCAAAACUGUAAGAUGGUCCCUACAAUGAAAAUGUAUAUAGUUUGUGGAAAGAAAUACAAAGGGUAAGGGACGUAUUUAAGUUUGGGGGGCUUUCUUAAAUAUUUGGGGCCCAACAUUUGAAUGUAUUAUUUCAUUGUUGAAGUUGCCUUUUUUAUUCCCCCAAGGUCCUAAACUUUUACAACAGAAGGAAAUAUUGUCCGGUACCUGAAUUUUUGGCUAAAUGUAAGAUUCCUACACCUUGUUUCUACCACUGGAUGCUUUUCAUACAUUCUUCCCCUUUCUGACUCUUCUCCUAAUGCCGUCGAUAGGUCCUAGCUGUCUGGAAAAGGUUUUGAAAGGAUUAGAUAUAUUUAAAUAAGAUAGAUUUGGCAUUAAACUAUCUGAUUAAUUGUUAGAGUCUGAUUCCAAAUAAGACAGAAUAUUCUCUUAGGCCAUGAAACCAGGCAACUUAGCCUCCUGGUUCAAAUUCAGUAACAUAAGAAAAUUCCAAAAUAGAGUAACAAAUUCAAGCACUACCGUUAAUCCUGGAGAGGCCCUUUGUUGCUUUGUGUUGAUACUACUCCCGCAUGUUAUAAACAUUUGACUGAGAAAUUGCCUUUGUGACAACUAGAUGACAGUAGGAGCUCAAGACACAGCCUUAGCAGACGAUACAAGGCCAAUGUAACUUCUCAUUAUAAGCACUAAGAUCAGGCAAAUUGAGAAUAUCUUAUGUCUGAAAGUAAUUCUUUCCUAAUAUGUAUGGCAUCAAAAUUAUUAGGAAGAUGUGACUACUAUCUUGAAAGUAUACAAAACUCACUUUCUUUACCACAAAUUUUGUGUGCUUGCAUUGAUAUUGUAAUACUUUAUAGAUCACCCCAAAAUAGCAGUAACUUCUGAAAUUCAUAGUUCUCUGAAAUACAUAGAAGACAUUUAAUUUGAGGCUCAAAAACUGUGGCCACUCACUUUUGCAGAUGACCAUACCCUAGGAAAGCAGUUAUAGUGUUACCCACGCGUGUUAAAAUCUAAGAGCUGAAAAUUACACCCAAUUUCUAUAACCCAUUCGAAUAUCUUUUUAGAUUCUCUUUGGCAUUAAUUAAAUAAACAUGCAGUUUAUGAAAAUAAAAUUGUUUAUCACUUUUAUGACCCAAAUCACAAUUGUAAUUCAUGAUAAACUGGUGAGAAUAAACUGAACAUAUGGUUAUAGUCACAAUUAUUUAUUAACUGAAAUAUUAUUCCAACAUCAGAGCUAAUGUUGUGAUUUAAACUGUAACAUCUAAUAUUUGGAAAAAUCUAUUAAGUAUUAGCAUUGUGGUUGCUUUUCAUGAAUUACAUUGUAUCUCAUACGACUAAGUUUGUGCAAAUAAACUUUUAAUGUUUGAAAAGUAA